GGCCGAUGUAAUUGUUACAUGCUCGAGCAGUGAGUGAAGUUAGGUGUUAGGGAAACUUGCGGUGUUUCGAUACGGGAAUAAUCAGCAGUCAUUUAGGCAGAAAUUGCUACGGGUUGUGCAUCAAACAUUGCCUGCCAAGUUUUAGGUGCGCCCUGUUCUUGGAAUUUCCUAUGAUGCAAUUCUGCCCUAAUAAUGGGCCAUGUUGGAUCUGCUUUGCCACUUUACCACGGGAAAGUUUCUUACCAUAUCCUGCUUAUUAAAAAUCCUUGGAAACUGUUGGAAUUAUGGCACUAGCACAACUAAUGCAGAUUAUACUUAAGCGCCAGGAGUUUGACUUUGAUCAGAAUUUGGCUUUUUAAGAUGUAAACUUCCAAGUUUUUUUUUAACCCUUGCAGUGUGAAACCAUCCUAGUAAUCUACAAACUGGGUAGCCACGCCAAAUGAUUUCGAUUGCUGUGUUUUUUUUAAUUCUCUGGGUUCAGUUUCUUAAGACUGGACGGGAAAUGGCAGUGUGACGUGUUCUGUGGCGUUUGAAUUCCCUGGCGUGAGUCAUAAAAAAGUGCUGAAAUUGUUGGUGUAGUUUUACACGCCUUAUAUAGCCUGGAAGUGCAGAGCUGUCAUUCUCUGUAGGAUAAAGUGAGUGGCUAGAGCGGCACGGAUCUACCUCCCUCUUUCUCCUUCAGUUCGCACAGGGAUCGCCCUCCUCUCCUCAAUUGCCUCCUGCACCCUCCCCAAAAAAAGUUUCCCCAUUCGGUCAUUAGACAAACAAACAAAAAGAAAAAAAGUAUCAUUCUACUCCCAUCCAACACCAACCCCUCCAGCGACGAUGGAGUUGUACAAAGUUACCCUGGAAGGACCGGCUCCGUGGGGUUUUAGACUACAGGGAGGAAAGGACUUCAACAAGCCUUUAACCAUGUCCAGGAUUACACCCGGCGGUAAGGCAGACCUAGCGAAUGUCGGACUAGGAGAUACUGUGCUAUCCAUCAAUGGUGAAAGUACUGAAGGAAUGACUCAUCUGGAAGCACAGAACAAAAUCAAAUCCUGUGUAGGAUUCCUGGCACUCUCCCUGGGGAAAGUUCUUCGAUCCUCAGGAGGUGGUGAUGAGAAGGAUUUUAUGUUUGCUGCACCUUCCAUUCCGAAGUACUCGUUUGACUCCAGCAUGCCAUUGAAUAAGACAGCGAGACCUUUUGGUGUUACAACUACGGAAAGUUCAAAUUCAGGGACACCAAUAAAGUCAGUGAGCUACAAACCUGUAUCCCUAUAUACUCCACCCUCUGCUUUGCCUAGCACACCUGCAUCCCAGACACAACUACAAUAUGGUACAGCCACAGAAAAGCACAGCUCAACUGCAUCCACACUGCAGCAUCCAAAUGGCCCUGAAACAGGUGCUGCAGGGAGAUCUUUUGACCUAGCUUCUGCUCUUGAGCCCACCUCUAAGACCUAUGAAGAUCCAGUGGAAGAUGUCCCAAGAGCUCCUCCAGGUCCUUCUGCUCCAAUUUGCAGACCACCUUGGGUGGUUGACAAUUCCUUUGCGGAGAAGUAUGCACCAGACAAAACUACAACAAUAAUGACUAAAUUCACUCAACCUGCUCAGCCAACCCCUCAGCAAAAUCGAAACUCUAUUGUCCAGGCAGCACAGCAAGCACCUGAUGGGACUAACAGAACUCCAGUGUGUGCCCACUGUAACAAGGUUAUCAAGGGUCGCUAUCUUGUAGCUUUGGGCCGUUCUUGGCAUCCUGAAGAAUUUACUUGCAAUCAGUGCAAGAUGACCUUGACUGAGGGAGGAUUCUUUGAAGAAAAGGGCUCUGUGUUCUGUGGAAAAUGCUAUGAAAAUAAGCAUGCCCCCAAUUGUGCCAAAUGCAAACAGAAGAUUAUAGGCGAAAUUAUGCAUGCUUUGAAGCAGACAUGGCAUGUUAAGUGCUUUAACUGUGCUGCAUGUAAAACCCCCAUCCGCAACAAAGCAUUUUACAUGGAGGAAGGUCAGCCCUACUGUGAGAGAGAUUAUGAGAAAAUGUUUGGAACUAAAUGUCAUGGCUGUGACUUCAAGAUCGAUGCUGGCGAUAGAUUUCUUGAAGCUCUAGGAUACAGCUGGCAUGACACCUGUUUUGUAUGUGCAGUAUGUCAUAUAAACUUGGAAGGCAAAACAUUUUAUUCCAAAAAAGAGAAGCCCUUAUGCAAGAGCCAUGCCUUUUCAACAGUCUAGUCCUACACUAAUGAUGAUCACCAGAGAGUACAGCAGAAACUGGCUCAGAAAAGCACAGCAUCUAACAGGGAGUUUGGAAGAAAGUCACAGAGAACUGAAGUUGCAAAAUAAUUCUAUCUCUCUGAUACAAUAAAAAUGUAUGAAAUGCUUCAAGAGACAAUUAAUCAAUACAUAACUCUGUUACAUGAGCCUUUCUCAAAGGGCCAAUUAUGUUGCAUGUCUUUCUGUUGUGCAUGUAAUCUCUUCUAAAUUUUAAUGUCAAGUUCCCUUUUUCCAAAGGGAAACAAUCUUACUGCUAGAUAUCGUGGACAUUCAUACAGUGUAAGGAUAUUCUCUCACAUUUCACUGAUAUCACUAUUUUGCACACGAUGAAUACAAUUUAUUAAGUACUUCUUCUUUGAAUUUUUUCUCACCAUGCAGUAUCUUUUUUAUUUUUAUGGAUUAUGCAAAGCAAAAUCAGUGUCAGUAUUUUAUUCAUGAACUUUAGAACUUUUGGCUAUUGUUGCAGCUGCAGAAUUAGUAUGUUAUUUGCACUUGCACCUGUACUCUUAUGGACUGCUGAGGGAGAAGCAAGAUUUACAGCUAGUACUUGUGAUUAGACUGGUUAAGAAAUAUAUUUGAAGUGCAGGAAGAUGAUUUAAUUCAUACAUAAUGUGUUCACUAUUUACAAGUAUAUUGAUGCAUUUUUUUUUAUUUGGACAGAUUAGAAACUGUUUGUAAAGCUUAAACGUUCUGUAUACACGUUGUCUUACAUUGCUCCCAAUCAGGUUAAAACCUGCUGAGUACAACAACAUUAAUACUGAAUAGUGAACAUGCUCCUUGCAGUCACAAUGACCAGCUGUUUACAGCUUGUACUCUUCCUGCAGGAGGAAUUGAAGAUCUCUUUUGGACUUCAUCAAAGAACAUUUGGAAAUACUGUGUUUAAUCAAGUAUAUUUGUUUAGUUAGAUAAAGUGUUGCAGGGAAUGCAUUGAGGUCCCUUUUCCUUUCAAAUGGUUUGUGUGUAGAAUAAGGAUGAUUAUAUAGCCAGACUGUUGGCGGAAGGGGAGAUUUUGUGCAGAUAUGAUUGUGGGGCUUAACAAUUUAGCCUGCAAAAGCCAAAAAGAGUUUUCAAACAACCAAAGACGUAUUUAUCCACUCAGAACCAUUUUCUAGCAAAUUUUUAUUCAAUCUUAAAUUUUGCUUUUUCCAAGGUUUUCUUUUGUGAACUUAUUCAUGGUAAAUCUCAAAUGAUGGAUGUAAAGUAUGAUACUCAAAGUUUAUUCAAGGAUAAAAUUGGUGACAGUGAUAUGAGAUUGUCAUAUUGCUAUUUAGCUUUGGAACUAGUUACAUCGCAUACAAGAAAGCUGUUUGCCAAAGGAACAAAGUAGUAUUAUGUUCCGAGACAUUUCUGCAACAAAUUAUAGCUAAAUUAUCUGAUGGUGUGUGAACUGAUUUGGCAAACUUGUUGGCAUCAUUCAAGCUAUUAAACAAUUGUUUUUAGUGUUCACAUUAGGUGAAAGUGGAAGGAGCUGCAACAAAGAACCUGAUCAUUUCACUCAUGUUUUUGUAAACUUAAUACCAUACUUGGAUAUAAUUCCAUUUGUCACAGGUGUCAAUUCUAUAUUUACUAGGUGUUGGUGUAAAGUGCUUGCUUUAUGAGCCUAAGUUUUAUAACUUGAAUUUAUCCUCCAUUAGCUGAAAAGUAUAACUGAGUCACAUAUUUCACACUUUUUAAAACACUAUUGUACUUUGCCAGGAAAGGAACAUAAUCAUUUGAAAUUAAAGCAAGUUAUGAUUCAAAUUGUGCUUUGUUAUUCAUGGUGUUCUGUUUUGAAACUGCAUACACACUGUUUCUGACUUGCUUCAAAUUAAAAUAUUAGAGGGAUUUUGA